UAUUGUUCGUAUUAAAAUGUUGGAUCAUAUAAUUCGUGAAAAGAAAACGGCCCAAUAUUAUUCAAAAAAAACAAAAACACUGUGGUUUAAAUUAAAAGUAAAAGAUAUUGGCAAAUAAGGAAACAUAAGUAACUAUCCAUGGCUGACGCUGAAGAUUACAAUUCAGAUGAAUAUCCUGGGGUAAUCAAGAAUAGCCAAUAUCAAUAAGCUAUUUUUUCUUAUUAUUGAUAUUGAUUAUUGAAUUGUCUCAGCUUCAAUAAACUGAAACUCACUUUUACACUAAAUCAGUAAACUCUGAAAAAAUUCUCUGAGUAAACUGAAUAAUUUAAAUUUUUUUUUAAGUUUAAGGUGGAUGAUACUAAUGAUUAAUCAUUUAUUGAUAGAAAUAAGUACUAAUAAGUAUUAAUAAUACUUAUACUUAGGCCUAUAAUUAAUUAUUAACAAUACUGAAUACUAAACAUAAACUAAUAUUAUUAAUAUUGGACAUGGCUAUUCCGACCCAGCUACCAGAAGUGAGAAGGUGGGAUUAAAAAAUGUUUAAAAUAUUAUUGUUUGGUUUGUAAGGUAAAAUUUGGUAUCGAAUCAAAGAUAAUUGAAUGGACUAUAUGUUUGUAAACUUAAUUCUUCAGUUUAACUAAAAUAAACUACCACAAAUGACAUCCAAAUAGCAUUUAGUCAAAAUGGAAAAGGAAACGCAUCAGCGCUAUUUGGACCCGGUUCCCAUUAGACUAAAUGCUAUUCGGAUGCUAAACAUUAGUGGUAGUUUAUUUUAGUUAAACUGAAGAAUUAGGUUUACAAACAUCUAGUACAUUCAAUUAUCUUUCAUUCGAUACCAAAUUUAAUUUAACAAACCUAACAAUGAUAUUUUUUUUAAAUUUUUAUUAAACCCAACCUCUCACUUCUGAUACCAGGUCCGAAUAGCCGCAGCCAUUAAUAUUAUAUAAAAUAGUAUAAUUAUAUUCUACUGAAGUGAAAGUGAAACUGUUGUUUAAGUUCAUGAAUAAAAUAAGGCCUACUACUAAUAAUCAAUUAUUUUAAGUUUCGAGUCACAUUCACAUAAUAAUGUAACUUUUACAUAUGAUUGUAGUAUUUAUUGUAUUGUAUGAAUUAAUGAUGAUCUCAUACAUCAUCAUACACAUAGCUAUUUCAUUAUAUUAAUUUAUUUUAUAUCCCAAUUUUUAUUGGGGGUGGGGGGUGCUGGGGUAAGAGGCGUUAAUUAGCAUUCAAAUGAACAAAUAUUAAUUUAGUCCUAACUUUUUAAUUUUCCAAAUUGUUGAGUUUAAGUGACCUUUAUAUACCAAUAUAUAGUUAAUAUAGUAGGCCUAUGACAUUAAUUUUAAAUUUCACUUAUUUUAUCUUUGAAUAUUAAUUAUUUUUUUAGGUAAUAUAAAAUUAAAGAUUCUCCAAAGCCCAAUUUUUAAGUGUAUGGCUACUUUUACUGCAUGUAAAAACAAGGUUCAAAGCUCUUUUUUCAAAGAACAGCACUUACUAAUUUUUUCCUUUCUAGUCUCCGUCAUAUAAUGAAGACAGAGAGGAAGAUGUUGUGGAUGAUGAGGAGGAAGAAGAGGAAGAAGAAGAUGCUGAAGCUGUACAAGAAGAAUGCCUAGCUUUGUUUUCCCAGCGCGAUUUUAUUAUGGAGUCCAAUAUAUUAAGUGUUCUUAAACGGUAGGCAGUUCCUGUUUUUAUUUUUAACCCUUUCUUUACUGCUGGUUUUGGGCAUCGAUUUUUGCUGACUCAGCUAUAAAAAGAACUAUUUUAAAAAGAAGAACUUUUCAGUAUUUUGAAAUUCUCUAUCUGAUUUGCUUUUUAACUUCUCUAUAGAUUAACGAAUAAAGAAAUACAUAGCAUUGAAAUAUGACGUUGACGUGACGCCCUUGGUAUUUCAGAAAAGUUCUUAGCCUCUUUGUUUUGACGAAAAUGUGACGUCCUUGGUAAUUAAAAGUGGGUGAUCGUGACGUCAUGUUGGCGUCAUAGGUAGUGAAAAGGUUAAUUGAAUGCUUUCAGAUUUCUUUCCUUUAAAUUAUGGAUGAAUUAUAUCAGCCAAUGUAACAAAAGACAUAUUGAACAGCCACAUUUGAAGAUAGGGCAAAUUUUUGAGCUUUUAAUGGGAAAAUAAAUAUAGAAGAACAUAUUUAUAUAUAUUUUCACAUUAAUAGUGUGUCAUAAAAUUAAAAUUUAUAUUUCAUGUACUACAUGUCUAAUAUUUUUUCUUUUAUUUCUAAGAUAUCUUCAAGCUGGUGGAGCUCCUUCAACAGUUGUAGAGUUAUUAUCAGUCAAUUUUACCUCUAUCGCAGGGAUGGUAAAUGUCAUGGCCAGCUGGUUAAUUCAUACAGGUGUCCAUUUUUGCACAAAAUCCUUAAGUUCCUUUUAAAAGAUACAUUCAUCUUUUUCUUUAGAUGUUUCCCACUUUUAUUUGUUAUUAUUCCCUUUGAAUUCAAACAAAUCAGUUUUUAAAUUUUCCAACUGUUUCCAUUGACUUGAAUUAUAUUUUUAAUUGCUCUGCUCUUCAGGUGUACCUCAGAGUGAAGUGACACACUUGGUGGAGAAUCACAUGACAGACAUGGUCAUGAAACACUUUGACCCAAAGAAAGCUGACUCCAUCUUCAACAGUGAUGGCAAUGUCAGUUGAAUCAUUCUUUUAACCCAUAAAAUUUAUUCAUUGCAACAUUAAUCCAACCUAACAAGUGCACAACAUUCUAUGUUUGUUUUAAAUACAGUGAAUACUGUUGGUUGAACCUGAAUGUUUUUAGCCUAGAUAAGUUUUAUUUUGUUAAUAGAUUGAUGAAUAAACAAAAUUCAUAUAUUAUGCUAAAAUUUAUAGCCAUCAUUACAAUUUAUUGGCUGAUUUGAAUUCAUUAAAUUAUGCCUAAAUUUAAUAAGUAAGUUUACUCAAUUUGAAAUAUUUUGUUGUUGUUGAAAAUCAAUUAGAAAUUUACUAGUCCUCCUUUGUUUAAUUUUAAAGAGACAGCUAAUGAUAAAAUCACUUCCCAAACAAUGUCCAUUAUUUAUUUAUUGAUAUAAAAGCAUUUGUUAUGUAUUAAAAAUUUAUUUUAUUCACUUUUAAUACUUGCAGCAUCAAUAUUCUUCAACCUAAUAGUUAAAACAAUUUAUCUCAGAUGCCUGAAUGGCUACCAGAAAUGAUACAACAGGCCACAUGGCGGUCGGUUUUUUACAGACUCGCUGAACAAUAUCCAGACUGUCUCUUUCUCAACUUCACAAUCAAGGUAGAGCAUUAGAUUUUAAAAUUUGACUUACUUAAAAUUUAAAAUUACUUUUUAUUGUAAAAAAUAAAAAAAGUUUUAGUUGGAUCUAUUUGCACUGUAUUUAGCGAAGCCUUUAUAUUUGGUUAUCACCAUAACAGAUGAUCUCCGAUGCUGGUUUCCAAGGGGAGAUCACCUCAGUGUCAACUGCCUGCCACCAAAUUGAAGUUUUCACUAGAGUUCUAAAAACAUCCAUAGCUACAUUUCUAGAAGGCGGGGAGGAAGCCUUAGAGAAACACUUGCCUGAAUUCACGGUUUGUAACUAUUUGAAACAUUAACUAUUCCUAAAGGAUGCAUCCAAAUGCGUCACUGCGCAGAGUGACACACCUUUCUCAUUUUUAUUUAAAAAUAGAAACAAAAUCUCGUGUCCCUUGAGACUUCCGGCGAUCGCAGUGAUUUUGUGUGAUUUGAAUUUAAAAGCCGAAUGUUUUUAUCUUGUUUCACUUUAAAUUUGUGUGUGCUUUAGUACAAUGCUUCUAUAUCUAGCAUGUGUGGUUCAUCAGAGGGGCCAAAAAUUAAUUUUUUGGUCAUUGUUAAUUAUAUAGUUUUCGCUGUUAACCCUUUACAGCACUCAACUAUAAAAAAAGUCUUUACUAACAUAAGGGCAAAACAUCCAAAAGCGAAAGUGACAACUAAGGGUUGUAAACACGCGAUCUACAAGUCUUUGCGUGACUUUGCAUUGUUUACGUCCGAUUUUGCCGAUAGCUUGAUAGCGUGGGCACCAGUUACAAGUGUAUACUUAAAAUUUUAUCAGAUUUUUUUUAGUUUUCAGGGUUUUAAAGUUUUGCUUUUCAAAAUGGAUUUCGAGGAUUCUUUAAGUGAUAGCGGAGAUUUCGCUGGGUUCAAUAUAAGUGACAUUGAAGUGCAUGAAAUUGACUAUGACAUUAAUAUUAUCAGUGCUAUCAGCGUAAGCAGUGUACAACCUUUUGGCAGAGUGUUUGUAAAUAGUAAAUAUAUGACUGACAAUCACAAACAAUAUGUUGUAUUUUGUAAAUAUUUGUGUUCAUGUGUGGAUUACUAGCAACACGUAAAGUAAUAAAUCUGCAUUAAUUUUCCUUUAUGUUGUUUUCUAUUUUACAAAAAUAUGUUACUAACACCUUAGAUUUGAUGUUUUUACUAACUAAAAAAUGUUGCCUGUUCAGAGUAAGAAAAAGGAAGAAGUAUUGCCCUUUAAAGGGUUAGUGUUAGAUUUUUUAUUAAACCUUAUUCAUUUAUGGAUGCAUUUAUUAAUAUAAAUGUAUUUUUAGCAGCUUAAAAAAUAUUUUACAAAUGUAAAUCAAUUGCAAAACCAAGUUACUUCCCUUUCUCAAGAAUAUAAAUUAAGUACGGAACAGCACUGCCGUGGGGAUUGAGUUAAAGAUCCAUACAUGUUUCAAUGACAUCCUUGCUUUAUAGCAGGUAGUUGUUUGUUUAUUUCAAAUGUGUUUAACAUGCAUAGAAUUCUCUCUCAAAAUAACUGGUUCAUAUUUCUUAGAAAAUGGUUUGUCAUGGAGAGCACACCUACUUGUACAGCCAACUUCUGAUGCAUCUAACUGCUGAAGAGCCUGAGGGGGGACCAAACAUGAGAAGGCUAUGUCAGGAGUUGCAAAAAGCUGCUGUGGCUAAGUGCGUCAACUAAACAUCAUAACUUGUCCUUCAUCGUCACAAGUUAAAGAACACUUUUAUUGAAAUCAUUCUAAAAAAUUAACUUAACCUUUAAAAUUAAAAUCAAAUUGACAAAAACUAAUGAAGGCCAAAGCAGAAUCUCUUUUUAUGCUGAUUCAGUGCCAUAUUUAUCUUGUUAAUUUCAGGCAACAUUAUUUUUAUUACUAUUCUUCUGUUGUUAAGUUUCAUAAAAGUGUACUGCUUUUUUAUUUUUAGGGUACAUAAAUUACAGCAUUAUUGAAGUAUUUUGUAUCUAAACAUUUUCUGAGUUAUUAAAAGCAAAAAAAUAUUUACACCCAUCUAACCAUUUGGUACUUUUUCAUAAUUCAUGGUUUUAAGAUAAUUCAGUUCAAAUUUCCUCAUAAUCUCAUUGUUAAAUUGUUUUGUUGCCAUGCCAGAGGUCUUGAGGUCACUCCAAUAACAGUUGCAUUAACACAUGCCAAUGAAUAUCCUCGUGCCUGCCAGGCCCUUUCUUCAAUGUUGUCUAGACAAGCUUUGAAUCCUGCAGACGUUUCCGUGGUGUGUAAGCCUUAUGAUAUAAAGCUUGUUGAUUGCCCCUGCAUCUAUAUGACUUGUCACAAAUAUUCUAAUUUCAGAGUUAAAAGAUGUUUUUUUUAUAACUUUUGAAUUCUUCACUGAUUCCUGUGAUAUUCAAGUCAAUCUGUAACCCACCUUUAGCAUUAAAUAAAAAUUAUAAAAGAAGUUAAUGUAGGAAAAAAUUUGAAUUGCAUAAAUAUUAUCUUUCAAAAUUUAGGGAUUCUAUACUUUCAAAGUGGUUGUCACACAGUUACUUCAAUGGGUUCCCAAGAAACAUGUUGUGGAAUCAAAGGCUUGCCAGUUGUUUAACAGACAUUAUAAUUUGUAUGGUGUGCUUUGUGGGCCACUUCUAAGAUAAAAAAGAGCCAAUCAGGUGUUUGAAUCACAGAAAGCAUUUUUAUCUAAUUAUUAGUAGACUUUUAAGUAUAUCCAUUGUUGUAGAAAUAUUUUUUUAAUCUUAUUUCAGCUUUAUAAAAUGUAUUCAGAAGGAGAAGGUCCUCCUGUGGCACUCAUCAGAGUUCCUGAGUUUCUUGGUAAGUUUUUUGUGUAAAUACUCAAGUAAUGUAUAUGACAUAAUCUAUUUAUUUUGUUAAUAAUGAAAAUCUACUGAUUUUUUGAGAUUUUUGUCAACCUAGGAGAGUAGCUCAACUGAGAGAUGGGAACUGCCUUCUGGCUACAACCCCAUUGUUAAAGGCCAAGGGAGAAAAAUCAGGAUAUUAGUACCAAAGGAAAAUUUGACAACUCCUGUGACUGCCCUGGUGUCUCACUGUAUCAAAAAAAAAUACCCACGCUUUUAGUGAAACACAAAGGAUCAUGGGGCUCACCAGCUGCUUGGAGAGGGGGGAUAUGCCGACCUGUGAUUUUCCCCAAUUGCCAAUAAAAACCACACCAUUAUUGAGAUAAAAUAAUGACAAUAAAUAAUUCUUUUCUAAAUUCUUCAAAAAUUUAAAUCUGCAUCAAGUGGUAGAUUUUUGAAAUAAGAAUUGUCUCCCCUCAUCACAUUCACUCUGCUUUUAUAACCCUCUUAUCAUAAAAGUUUUAAAAAACAAUUUAUGAAAUUUCCUCUGCCAUUUUUGUUAUUCCAGAUCUGCUGGUUGAUGCCCUGUACAAUCCCGCCAGUAAGAUUAGCCCAGAACACAAGUCAAAGUAUAUUUUUCUCUUGGCUUAUUCUGUUAGUGUUGUUGAGUCGUCACGAAGAGGAGGAAAAGGUAUCACCAAAUAACUGAGGUUUAAAAUUAUUUGCAGCCCAAAUGAUUUUUUAAAUGUAUUAACCAGAAUCAUGCAGCCAGUUAGAACCUUGUGAUUUUUUUCACAAGCUCAAUGUUUAAUCAUCUUAUACCUAUAGCCAACUGUAAAUGACAUAUUUUAUGCCUAGGAAUAUUGUGACUUCUUAUCACAGAAACUAAAAUCAUGUUUUGUUUUAUAGGUCGAAGGUUAAACAAAGAGGAGCUUAAGUCCACUACACAAGCCAUUGAAAAAACUCACACACUUUUAGCCAAUCACAAGGGUUCAUCAGAGCUGAUAGCUGAAGUGAACACAUUAUUUUCUUGUAUUAAGUAUGUUCCUACAAAAAAAUUUUUUUUAACUUCUCAAAUACUUUGCUAACAAAAAUGUUCAAAACAAUGUUGUUUGUUGAUGAGAUUUAAUAGGCUAUUUAUUUCUUUUAAGAAAAAUUUAUGAUGUUUCCGCAGGUUCCCUGUUGUGGGAAUGGGUGUCCUUCAUUGGGUGGACUUGACUGUCUCAGAACCCAAUUUUUUUAAACUUAACACAGAUCACACGCCACUUCAUUUGGUUCUUGUGGACGAGGUCAGUUAUGGAUUACUUCCUAUCUCAUGGCUGUCCUAUGUUAUAACAAAGAAAACUUUACACGAAUGUAAAUUAAGAACACAUAUUUGUAUAUAAAUUGUAAUAUAAUGCAAUUAUUGUGUACCGGUACCAGUAGUCAUGUCAUGAUCUCUAUUUUUAUUACAAUUUUAACAUUUCUUUAAAUUUUAUCCCUUUCCAUAAAUUUUUAGCUAAAUUAUAUAAUUAGAAACUGCAGGUUACUUAUUAUUUUUAUGCUGUGUUUUCUCUUGUAGAUUGUUUCCAACCACCCAUUGCUACAUCACAAAGCGCUUAUACUUUUGACACGACUUUUUGAGAACUCCUAUGAUGAACUGGAUGUUCUAGUCAGAGUAUGAAUCAUAUUUUACAACCAUGUAUCAAAAUUUAAAACAAAUGCGAAAUCUAGUAGGCUUUACAUUAUUUAGGCAGAAGUACAUUUGUUAAAUUAAUGAAAGAAAAAUUCAGAAGAUUAAUCAUAUUAUUUUAUUUUACUAUGAGAUGUAGUCUACAGAAGCAGUUGACUACAAUUCUUUUAGGUAGCGGUUGUGGUGUUUGGUAUAUUUCUAACAUUAUCAUUUUAUACAUUUUGUUGAAUUCUCUCAUGUUCCAGCUUGAGUUGAAGAAGAUGGUGCUGGAUCGCAUGCUGCACUUACUGCACAAGGGUUGUGUGAUACCAGUUGUCACUUUUAUAACAAAAUGUGUUGAUGACACAGACAUCUCUUUAGUCAGACACUUUGUCACUGAGGUAAGACAUUUUCUUACAAGUUAAACCUGCUGAUGAAUUUGAUUAAAUAGACACCAACAAUUUGUGUCAAUAUAACAAUAUAAGGUAAGCUUUAAUAAUAAUUUUACAGAAUACAAAAUUAUUUGUUUCGGCACAUGCCUUCAUCAGUACAACAAAAAGACAAAUAAGUAUAAAUUAAAUUUACAUAAUAUUAUAUAUAUAUACAGAUCCUACCUAAAAAGGGGAGAAAAAAUAGGAUUGGGCGAAAAAAGCAGGCAGAAACAAAGAAAAGAAAAGCUUACCUUAUAUUGUUAUAUUGACACAAAUUGUUGGUGUCUAUUUAAUCUAUUUUAAAGCUUUACCGCAGUCCAACACUUUUUAUUAGUUGAUGAAUUUGAUCUGUGAACUCAAUUAAUUCCUGGGCUAGUGCACUUUAAUUAAUGUUUAAAAUGCAUUAUUAUUAAAUUUAUUUAUUUGCUAAUCUAGUCCUAACAACAGCAAAUUUGAAUAGCAAUUCUUUGGAUGUUAAAGUGAUGUGAGAUUUUUUUUUAAAAAUGUAUUUGGACAAAGAAAAGGAAUAUUAAGGAAUUUCGAGGCCCAAAUGUCAGGACCUCUAUUUAAGAUUAAAGAUGUCCUUUUUGGUUGAACUCUUAUUGGGUCUUAUGCCCUGGUGUUUCAUGCGUAAAAUUUUCAAAAUUGACUUUGCAGCUGCUUGACAUGAUUGCUCCCCCUUAUACAGUAGAAUUUGUACAGUUAUUACUCCCCUUGAUAGAAAACAAGGCAGUGACAGAUACUUUACGGACCAGUGAUGGGAAGGAUCCAGUUUCGGAGUUUAUCAGUGAGUUUCUUUGGCUCUUUAACACCUUUCUUUACAAUUGUCUUAAGUACUGAUUGGCAUUAUUCUUCAUAAUGUUUAAUUUGAGAGGUCUACAUACAUACACUCACAAUGCCUCAUUUGAAAUAAAAUCAUAAGAAGUACAAGUAUCUUGACAUGUGUUGGAAUUACCUAGGCUGAAAAUGGUGUCUUUCUUUAAAAAUGACAAACUAGAAGUAACUAAACAAUUUAAAAUAUUGCCAGUUGAAUUAGCAGGAUUUGUAUUUUGAAAUAAAAAUUCUGAAAUUCCUGCUAAUGAUCAUUCCAAAUUAUGGUUCAUAUUUCACCAUAAUUUAGCUCUUUAUUACAUUACAUGCAAAAGGUCCUUAAAUUUUAAAUCAAUAUAAACUUAAAAAUAAUUAGGCUGUUAAAUUUGCCAUUCUGAGAUUACCAAGUACAAGUUUUCAGUGUGCAGUUAGUUUCUGAAGGGGUCAUCCAUAAAAGACGUCCACACAAAAGGGGGGAGGGGGGGUUCAGCAAAAAAGUGGACUAAAGUGGACAAAGGGGGGGGGGGAAGGGGGUUUAGGACAAAGUGGAUGUGCACAUUGUAGUGUUUUUUUGAGUGCAGCAGUUUUGCAUAAAUUUACUGCAAAUUUACUGCCCGAUCACAGUUACANUUUUUUGAGUGCAGCAGUUUUGCAUAAAUUUACUGCAAAUUUACUGCCCGAUCACAGUUACAGUAGCAUGCCUUUUGAUCUCUAUUGUCCAUCGGUGGCUGGAAGAAUUUCCAAGAGAAUAUGUUUCUGCUGUAAACAUUUCCCAUCACAGGCGGCAAUGAAAAAACAUAAGGUCGUCGAUUGCAAUAUUCCUGCUAGUGAACAUAAUAUAGCAGACGAAUCAGACGAAGAGACUGCCACUCAAAUUGAAUUAGCAAUUGAAGACUCAAGAACAGAUGUCAUUAUACGAAACAUGUUUGAAUGGCUGCAGUCCGAAUUUUCCGUUGAUUGAAGAAUGGUGGAUUAUUUGUUUAUUACAUUUUUUAAUACAGUGAUUCAAUAAAAUGUUUUCGAACAGUUAUUAUUUCAUUUAGAAUUUUGCCUGCAAAUAAUUGGAAUUUCUAAAAAAAAUCUUUGUAAAUACAUACUCUUUAUAUUGUUGUACAUUUUCCCAAAAUAUUCAUUAAUUUAAGUUCGGUUGGGGGGUAAAAAUAGCAAAAAAAUUGGUGGACGUCUUUUAUGGAUGGCCCCUUAACACUCAAAAAUUACUAAUGGCAUUUAAAAUAAAUAAGUACUCUGUAAAGCUUACACUUACAACAAAAAGAAAUACACCAAAUUUUUAGCUAAGAAUUGAUUAUAAGAAAUUAGUUCUUUUUGCAAAUGAAGCAGUUAAUGGAUCAAAUAAUUAUCUUUCUUUUCAGGUCACUGUCGAGCAAACUUCAUGACCCAAAUUUAAGUCUGGAAUCUAUGAUUCCCUUGCUACAGAUUCCAUAGAUCUUUAUUUGAUUUGAGCACUUGUGAACCAUUCAUGUCCUCACAUCUUCAUAGUAGGACUGCUGGGAAUAAUAAUCUAAUACUAAUAAUUAUGUUUAAGGACUGUGUUUCUGAAAUGUUAAUGUAUAUAAUUUUCAUGUAUAGAAAUUUUAAUAUUAAAAAGAAAA